AUUCUUAACACGUUCAACAAAUUUCCGGAGCCUUGCAACAUGAGUGUACCACACCCAGUUAUUAUAUAUGCCGAACUUCUCUCAAAUAUAAAGCAAGUCUCCGUCGGGUGUUCGUUAAGUACUCCUAUUUCGCCUGAUACUAGAGCCACCGUUUCGUCCGAUGGCCUGGUACUCACUGUCAAUCACGAUGGCUUAGAGAGAUCCCUUCGACUCCCAGAACGGGUAGCUGUAAACAAGCAGCUUCCCAUACCGAAUCUGAAGGCGCAAAGCCUCUCAUGGCGGUUACCCCUCGCGACGGCUUUAAACCGUCCUAUAAUACCCAUAACAGAAGAACAAAAUGUGCCGUGGUCUGCGAACGACCUUCAACCAGAGUCGCCCGUCACAUGCAGAACAUGCCAUACCACUAUCGUCCAGUCUGGAACGAUUAAAGUAUGGAAGGAUCUUCCAAGUGAGAAUUGGGCUGAGAUGAUGGAAUUUUGGCAUUGCCAUAAGCCGCACGACCAUAGCCAUGGACACGAAGACGAUAAUCUCACUUCCAAAGGAUAUGGCGCGAGCUCCAAGAUAUCAGCUCAAACAAACGUCGGGUUUGUCGAUCUCACUUCCUUUCUACUAUCCAGCACGGAUAUUUCUACAUCAGCCAUCACCAAAAUCGUAUCGUCAGAUCUAAAGUCGGAAUCUGAAGAACAUGAGAUUGUAUCCAAGAAUGGAGAAUCCGCUCAAACCGACGAUCGACCUAUAUUCUGCAGCUCUUGUAAAAACCAGCUAGGAGUACUCAAUGACCAAGAAGCUUCCAUUUCCCUAUUUAAAUGGCAAAUCCAAGUCGACGAACAGGCUCAAGGGAUCACUACGCCGCCAAGGCUUUCUCAUUGUAUCAGUGCUAUGUUACUUGCUACCAUGGCCCGCUCGGGUUGCUCAAAGUCCAUCAUACUACCGAUGAAAUCCCAAGACCAACCAGUUAAGGAUGACUCGGAAGCAAACGGCUUAACCAAACCCUUAUUAAAUAUCUGGGUUUUUAAUAACAACAUCACAUUCUCCUCGACCGAAGAAGCAAACUCUCCCGUCCAAGCAGUGAAGGUUUUCUACCGGAUGGUUAGCCAAAGUCAAGCAGACACUUUGCUAGACUCUAUGACAUCGGAUGUACAAGAUAUCACUCUGCCGACCGACGCAAUCGAGAAGGUCAUUGAUAUUCUUCGUAGUAGCAAUCAAUUGUUGCCGCAGGGUGGUCGGAAGCUCGGGGAAUGGACCAUUGGUCUUGUUGAGAAGUGGAAUGGAAAAGGUAGAUGAACGCAAUUCAUAGAAUACCAUCCGAUAAGGGGGAUCAAUGGCUUGGAGUUGGUUUGGUACGGAGAUAUUGAGCUUUUAUCCACACAACUGACGAUGAUGGACAUUAUGUUGCUCUUAGUGACAAUUAUUCUAUCAAAAUUACUCCCCACACCCUGGUAUCCCAUGCAUUUUCAACCCUCGCCGUCACGUCAUUACGGAAAACCACUAAACAAAUAGAUAU